CCUGCCCGCGAAUGGGCGGCGGGAGGCGCUGGCGGCGGCCGGGCUGCGCUCCCGCCCUGUGUCCCCGCCGCCGGCCGCCCGCGGAACCGGCGUCUCACCCUGCGAGCGGUGCGGUGGAUGAGGAGAGGCGCGGGGCUCGACUGCAUUUAGCAUAGAUCCAUGUGCUGGACUCAUCACAAGUAACAGGCACCAGUUAAUGCUUUGUCCAAAGUUAAUAAACAACACUGCAGAGGAGAGAGUGCAUUUGUACUGCAGGCUUGGAACUACAGUCAAGUGGAGAAAUUCAGGAGCAGUUCAAAAUCCCUGAUGAUGGAUGAAAUCCAGCAACCACCUGAGCAUCAAGUUCAUGCAGCUGGACAAUCUGUUGCUGCCCAGUCUGCAACACAUGAAUUUCAGGACAGAGGUCAUGACAAGCCAGGUCAAGAUGGGUAUACCCAGAGUCAAAGAAGAAUGUUAAAAAAAUUCCAAAGCAGAUACCUAGCAAGGAAGUUUUUCUAUCAGUGGGCAAAAAUAACAUUUGGACAAGUUCUCCCUUCCAAAGCCAGAUGUUUUUAUGGUCAGAAGAUUCUUCAAAGGACUUCUGGAGAGUGGAAGGAGCAGUGGACACUUCGCAGAGAAAAGGAGCUCAGCCUCAAAGCAGACAACCAUUACAGGCAUUCACUCCUUAAUUUGAUAUUCAAGGCUUGGAGAGCCUAUGUAUGCCAACAGCAAGGAAAGAGGAACAAAUAUUAUGUUGCAGAGUCUCAUGAAAAGAAGCAAACUCUGCUCAGGACCUGGCAGCACUGGCUGGUUUAUGUUGCUGUUCAAAGGACAAAACAUGGGAUGCAGUCUGUGGCACUGGCGUUCAGGACAAGAAGCUGUUUGCGCAUUUCAUGGGCAGUGUGGAGAAGACAGCACUACCAGAAAUGCUCUGGACAUAAAAUGAAUAUUUUGGCUCUGCAACAUUGGGCCCAGAGCCUGCAAUUUCGAGCUUGGUUGCAGUGGCGAGAGCUGUAUUCACACACCCAGAAUGAAAAGCAGAGGUACACCAGGGCAGUAACUCACCAUCAGCAUUGGGAAUUGAGGAGAUGCAUGGGAGCAUGGCUGGGAUACCUGAACCUCCACAGAGUAAAGAAACGCCGGAAUGAGCUGGCCCAAGAGUUUCACCAAAGCAGGAUGCUCCGGAGGUGCUUCUCCGAUUGGCAGCUGUCAUGGGAGUGCAGGAGAAGAAUGCAUGCUCAUGGAAGGGACCUGGAAAAACAAGCAGCAAGGAUUGCCUUAUGGAGAGUCUUUGCACACUGGAAGCAUUAUGUUGUGCUGUGUGUGGAAGAGGCUCAGCAGUGUGAGCUGGCUGAAAAGCACUACAAGUGUCACCUGUUGGAACUUGGCCUUAAGGGUCUUCGGCAGAAUGUCCUGAACACUCGUCUUCAGAGAAUGAGAAUAAAUCUGUCAUCCUGUCAGCAUCGAGUUACAGUGCUGCAGAAGUACUGGAACCGUUGGAAGUCCCGUUUGGAAGAGAAGGAGGAAGAACAGCAGCAGGCCUUAACAGCAGUGGCUCAUGCCCGUUACAGGAGGGUGUUGAUGAGACAGGUAUUUGACACAUGGCUGCUGAAGGCCUGCAAGCUGCAAGAAUAUCGAAUGGGAGAGAAGAGGGCUGUCCUCCAUUUUGAAAGGCAGCUCUUGCUCUGCUCCUGGUGCUGCUGGCGGAGAAGAACAGCUGCACGUUUGGAGGAGCAGGAGGGCUUGGUUCGUGCAGGAGAUCACUACAGUAACCAGCUGCUGCUAAAGGCCUUCUGUCUCUGGAAACAAAAGACUCAGGAAAGAGAAACAGAGAGGCGCAAGGAGACAGAAGCAUUAAGAUUUCACUGUUCAAAGUGUCUGCAGCAGACUUGGAACAAGUGGAGAGAGUAUGUGGGACAUCAGCGUGAGAAAUGGAGGAAGCUGGUGCAAGCAGACCUGCACUAUGGACGUGUGUUGUUGGGCAAGACCUUGGCAGCUUGGAAGAUUUACCAACAAAACGUGCAGUGCAUUCUGUAUCAAGUAGCUGAGAAGGAGAAACAGCACACUCGACUGCUGCUGCGACAGGUGCUGUGUACGUGGAGAGAAAAUGCUCUUGCUCUUAUACAUGAAUCUGAGGCAACUACUCGGGCAGAUGAGCACUACAGGAGGGCAAUCCUGUCAAAGGUGCUGCUGCAGUGGAGAGACACUGCCUGGCUACGAGCGUGUCACCGCCACCUGAAGGUGACAGCUGUGGUGGAGGCCAGAAAACAGCUGGAUUUAGUGCAUUUACAGAGCCUGUUUAUGCACUGGAAGGAAUUAAUGAGGGAUUCUCUGAUGCUGAGGGCUAAGCACCACAGGGCAGUGCAGCACCACCAGCAGCACGUGCUCCAGAAGUACCUGGUGAAAUGGAAAAAUUAUCAUCAGCAGUGCCUUGGGAAAAAGCUGCUGCAGAGGAGGGGAGAUGAACUAAUGACUCAUAGACUUUGCUCUGCUUCCUUCUCUUGCUGGAAAACUCGGCUGUUGCAGCAGCAAUGGGAAAAGCGGAGGACAGUGCAAGCAUUGUGGCACUGGUCCCUUUCAGUGCAGAGAAAGGUAUUUGAUGCUUGGCUCAGGUUUGCCAAGGGCCAGCAGGAGAAGAAAGAUGGCACUGAAAAAGUCACAGGAGUUCACCACACAACUCCUUUGAGAGAAGGUGUAACCUGUGACUUGAGAAACACUGCUGGCAUCAAACAGCUGCAGGGACAGCUCCAUAUUCAGCCCCAGGUGGAGAAGCAAGUGACAUUUAAAAGGCCUGAUGUUAGUCCUGAGACAAGAGGACAUUCAUCAGAGGAAGAGCCAUGGCCUUCAAAAUGCAGACAUCUACCACUUCACCCUGCUGAGGGGGACUCAGUGCUCCGUGGCCUAAAUGCCAUUCAACGAGCCAGGUUAGCACCACGGAAGCCUGACUUCCCUCUGGAAUCUCUAGAAAGCAAGGAACUGCUGGGACCUCCUUUUAUUAGGUCAGAGGUGCCCUUUCAGCAAAAAUCUGUGAAUAAAUGUCCUGCACAGACUGGGAACUUCAUGCUGACGCCUCACACGGAAGAAAGUACCUGUAAAUGUCUGUCUCAGAUGGACAGUGCUGCUCAUCCCCAUCCCUCGCUCACUUGUGCUUCUCUUCCCCUGUGGACACAGGACAAGCACAGAGCUGGGCAGGGGCCAGAGCUGUGGUCUCCUGCAUCUUUCAUGUCCCACAUGAAAGCUGGCUCAGAAGAGAGAGGAGGUCAGCCUGCCAAUGGUCACAAAGGAGCCCAUUCCCAAGACUCGCAACAGAAUUUUGUGAAGAAGUUGUCACCAAAUUUGCAGCCACAUUUGCUGUCAUCUGAAGACUUGGUGGGAAAAGGGAGUCACCAGACUGCAGCUGAAGGGGAAGAGAGAGAACACAGUUCCAGAGAAGAAAUGAUGUUGGAGAGAAAGGUGGAAGUUGAACUCUGGCAUAUCCAGCAGCAGAUGCAGUACUACUACAGCAGGAAGCAGGAACUCAAGUGCUGUCAGCAGCAGGCACAGAUUCUGCAGAAGUGGCUGGAAAUGAGCAAGCAACCAGGAGCCCAAGAUGGCAUGCAAGGAGUUCAGGAAGAAUUGGGUCAGUUGCAGGUGAGGAUCAACACUCUCACCAAAGCACAGCUGGCCGAGAGACAUCACGUGCAGGCCCUGCUUGCCCGCCUGCAAGAUAUCCAGCUUGGCCUGGAUCUGUAGUGCACCUUCCAGCUUCUCAGCUCAGGGGUAGGACUUUCUGCCCCUUUCAUAGCAGGGGACAAUGGAAGAGAUGUAUCCAUUCACUUAGUUCUAUGUAUGGAAUUUAUAUUUGAUAAAUUAAUUGAAAAUAAUUUUGCUUUUUUAUUGUUACUCUAGCUGAUCAAAACCAAACUGGAGCUACAACUACCUCAUGCUGCACUUGCAAUACCUAGUUUAGGUUACCUGUCAUGCCACAAAGAUAAGCAACACAGAUAAGACUCUUUAUUUCAAAAUGUUUGCAAUUAAAUGAGUUCAUGUCAGUAAGUCAUACACUUUGACAUACAAAAAUACCGUGCUACUGAUACAGUUGAAUUAAAUGGAUUCUCCAUGCAGGAGAAAUUCACAGCAUUAUCAGUACCCUCAAGGAACUUUUUCACUCCUGGGGUGCAUUGCUGGCCCCUGCAUCACAAGCAAUGUUGGUUUAUUAGCUCGCUCUGCACAGUAUUAAAACCAUCAUAACAACAGCCACUUGCAUGCUGAAUCCUCUCUUUCUUCUGAGAUUUCUAAUAAAGCAAACAUCAAACAACCCAUCCUCCAUCACUAGGCUAAUAUUUACCUUCAGAUACUGUAGAUGAUGCUGCUAAGUAGGAAGAAAUUAAAGCUUAAACUUCCUUUGGCUCUGUCUGGAUGUCACAGACCUCAGUGGAAAAGAAGGAAAAUAUUCAGUUGUCUUUUUCUCUCAUUUACUGGAACAAAUUUGCUUUCUCUUGUUAACAUGACACUGAAAUUUAAUCAGAAAGCUGACUCUAACUUUAUCCUCUUGGUGCUGAUAUUUGCCUUACUCUUUUCUCACUCUCAAAGAUUUAAAAAGACUUCUAUCUGAUACUAUACUGCUGCAGGAGUAAACUUGCUAAUACCAAGAAUUAUACAAGAUAGGUGGCUGAGAGCCACUUCAAGCUUUCAAACUCCUCCCUGUGCGAGGAAACACUGACUCCUGGAGCCAAAUGAAUUUUCUCCUGCUUGUCACCCAAACAGCCACCCUCAUCUGACUCACGCCUGGGCUACAUCACUUAGAGGCAGUCUGUCGUCCCUUCCUUCCCGAUGACAAGCUAAGCAUACAGGACUUGGCAAACUGGACAUUUGUACAACAAAAUUAUAUUCUAUCUUCUGCAGUGCAUACAAAGAAGGGUUUCUUUAGGAGAUCAGAGCUCGUCAAAGCCUCUCAUCUCCUUGAAGUAGCAGAAAAGAGCUCAAGCAAGGAAGUAGUAGGAGAAAUCUUUCAGAAAGCACAAAGGCAGGUUUCAUAAGCGUGUCCACUCCAACAAGCUCUGGAUAGCAAAAUCAGUUCUAAAUGUUUGAGUGCUGGGACUUGAAACAGUUUAUUAUCAAAAACCAAUUUAUACAUUGCUUUAAAACUCAAUUCCUCUUCACUCUGGCAGUGGUUUUUGUCAGUGCCACAUGCAGUAGAUCCAAGGUGUCAGACUAUAACUCUUCUUGAUGUGAAGUCACAAAGAGGCUUUAAAAUUUUACAGCACAGAUUUCAGCCCCCAGCACAUUCCUAGCAUUAAGUAUGAGGGUACAAGUCAGAGCCAGUGUGUUUUUUUGUUUUGUAUUUUGAAUAAGAUGAAGUUGUUGCCUAGUCAAGGGAGGGCCAGAUUGGUACCUGGGAAGUAACAUGGGAUUUCUUUAAAGAGCCAUAAAAAUUUUAAACACAGUCAGUGCAUAGGCAUAGGGCAUUUCACUCUCUAUAAUAAAAAUUGGUCCUGAAGUA